CUAAUAUAUUUUUAGUUGGAUUUUGAAAAAUUAGUAAAAAAAUUGAAAAAAAAAAUGAAUGAUGAAAGAUUUUAAUGAAGUCAGCUUUGCAAACUUAAAAUAAACUUUUUAAGUGUUCAUUUCAUUUUCUCAUUUCAAUAGAGGGAUUUUGCCAGAAGUCUGUGGGCUCACAGUAUGUUAUAGGCGAAAAUCUUUCACGAUUCAGAAAGUUUUCUCAGCGUAGCGAAGGGAUAGAUAUUAAACUGCUCCUGAUCUAAAGUUCUCAUCUCUAUCAGGGCACUAGUGCUUUUGAGCUGGAGUCAAGCAAAUCCUCUUGCCAGGUUGGCAGAGGCGAGAGCAUUGAGGUUAUAAUAUUUGCAGAGUUGUUGUAAUUCUUGCUGCUAUUAGUUGUAAUCUAUGCCUGGUAUCAGCUGCUAGAGAAUUUAUCUACAGCUAAGCACUUGAGCUAGAGUUUGAGAUCUGAACCUCACCAGCGCAAAGCCAAAAGUCAAAGAAUGUCUAGCAAGGAGGAGGAAGCAACACAGGCAGCUGCAGAUCGGAUAAAGGCUGCUGCAAAGGGUCUCAGCCACACACAAGCCGAACAAGCAUUGACUGCUUCCACAAGCAAUGCAAAUGCAUAUGUACAGAAGGGAGAAGGGCCCAGUCGAUGGCAGGAACGUAAAGAAGCAAAACGUCAGAUGUAUUUGAUGAGUACCGAGAAGGCUGUGAAAUUGGGAGUCAGGAAGGAUUUGACGCUAGGAGCUUCAUCUGAAGGUGCUAUUCAGCACUGCCAGAAAUGCUUUCAACCUGGUCAUUGUUCUUAUGAAUGCAAGAAUGAUAGAGUUCACAUUUCUUAUCCCUCCAGGACACAGCAACUUAAGAAUCCAAAACUUAAGAUGAAAAUUUCAAUUUCGUAUGAGUUGAGCAAUUUCGAUAAUCCUCAGAAUGCAUUGGAUCUGCAGCAUGGUUUGAAUAGAAAUCAAGCACCAGAAAAAGAAGAUGCCAGAAGAAAGAACAAGGAUAUGUGCCAUAAAAAGAAGAAUAAAAGAAAGCGAUAUUCAGAUGAUAGCAGCAACAACAGUUCAAGUGAAGCAUCUGUGUUUUCAAGUGGUAGUGAUAUUUCCACUGAAGUCUCAGACUCUGAGUCAGAUACAUCUGAAUCCAAUUCAAGUGAUAGUGAGGUUUCAUUGGAAACAUCUUUUGAUUCAGAUUCUGAAGAAGAACGAAACAAAAGAAAGCACAGGAAGAGGGGGAAUCAAAAGUAUAGUUCCUUGGAGACUGAAACAGAGUCUGAUUCUGAUUUUGGAGAUUGCCGGAGGAAGAGAAGGCAGCAUCAGAAGAGGCGUCAUGGUAGAUGAUGAUGCUAUAAUGUAAGUAGUUUGGUUGAGUGAGCUAUCUAGUGGACUUCUUAGCAUAUGAUUAUGGGCUUGAUUAAGAUGAUGAUGGUGUAAUUAUUUUAGAUAACAGUUUUUUUUUGUUGUGCUGCUAGCUAGCUGGUGUGUUUAUAUAAAGUUCAGUCAUUAUUUGUAAGUCAAAUAAAAAAUGUUUUUCCAA